GCUGCGGAGCUCCUCGGAUUUUUACUGACAGAAAAUCCCUCCGUUUUGUCUGUGAAGCGCUCUUGUCCUGGACCGCUGUGCGCUCCUGCAGCUCGCUGUGGCUCACCCUCUCUGAAGCGGAUGCGACAAGACCCUGCGAGGGGACAAGACCAAAAACUUUUUUCAUCGUGGUUUUCAACAAAGUGCCAACAGUAUGCCUAAACAAGUGGAGGUGAGGAUGCACGAGAGUCACCUGGAGCCCAUUGAGGCCAGGCCUCAGUCCAGAUGUGCCAAAAUCUGCUCCAAGAUGUUUAAGAACCUUCUGCUCACACUCACCGUCCUCGGUGUGAUCUUGGGAGCUGUAGCAGGGAUGUUGCUUCGCGUUGCCUCCCCAAUCCACCCAGAUAUUGUCAUGGUGAUUGCGUUUCCUGGAGAUAUCCUGAUGAGGAUGCUGAAGAUGCUGAUCCUGCCACUUAUCAUCUCCAGUUUAAUCACAGGUCUGGCCGGUUUGGACGCCAAAUCUAGCGGUCGCCUGGGCACCAGAGCUAUGGUCUACUACAUGACCACCACUGUGAUUGCUGCUAUCCUGGGAGUCAUCCUGGUGUUAGUCAUCCACCCUGGCAACCCCAAACUGAAGGAGAAUCUGGGCGAGGGCGAGAAAAAUGAUGAUGUGUCCAGCUUGGAUGCCUUCUUUGAUCUGAUCAGGAACCUGUUCCCAGAGAACCUGGUGCAGGCUUGUUUCCAACAGAUCCAGACGGUCACAAAGAAGGUGGAGGUGAUUGUUGAGGAGGAUGUCAAUGCCACUACCAUGGAGGGACUGGUGGCAAACGUGACCAAGGAGCCUCAGUUCAUCAUCAAAAAGUCCCUGCAAUUCAAAAGUGGCAUGAAUGUUUUGGGUCUGAUUGGUUUCUUUAUUGCAUUUGGCAUCUGCAUGGGCAAGAUGGGAGAGAAGGCCAGACUCAUGAUUGAAUUCUUCAACAUCCUCAAUGAGAUUGUGAUGAAACUUGUCAUCAUGAUCAUGUGGUACUCUCCCUUUGGUAUUGCCUGUCUGAUCUGUGGUAAGAUCAUUUCCAUCAAGGACCUGGAAGUGGUGGCCAGGCAGUUGGGAAUGUACAUGGUGACUGUAAUUAUUGGCCUCAUCAUCCACGGAGCAAUCUUCCUGCCCAGCAUCUACUUUGUUAUCGUCAGGAAAAACCCCUUCACCUUCUUCCUGGGUAUCUUCCAAGCCUGGAUCACUGCCCUGGGUACAGCCUCCAGUGCUGGUACACUUCCUGUCACCUUCCGUUGUCUGGAGGAAAAUCUUGGUAUUGACAAAAGAGUCACUCGUUUCGUGCUCCCAGUCGGGGCCACUAUCAACAUGGAUGGAACUGCUCUGUAUGAGGCUGUGGCUGCCAUCUUCAUUGCCCAAAUGAACGGUGUCCACCUUGACCCGGGUCAGAUUGUCACUGUCAGUCUGACAGCCACUCUGGCCAGCGUUGGAGCAGCCAGUAUUCCCAGUGCCGGCCUGGUGACUAUGCUCUUGAUCCUGACUGCUGUAGGCCUGCCAACCCAAGACAUCAGUCUGCUGGUUGCUGUUGACUGGCUGCUGGAUCGAUUCAGGACCUCAGUGAAUGUGGUGGGUGACUCCUACGGUGCAGGCAUCGUGUACCACAUGUCCAAGGCAGAGCUUGAAGAGCUGGACGCGCACACGGCUAAAUCCGACGACAUCGAAAUGAUGACGAAGACCCAGUCUUAUUACGACGACAUGAAGAACCACCACGAAAACAAUUCCAACCAGUGCGUCUUAACUGCUACCGAUACCACAACCGCUACCACCACUGCUAACAAUUCUGUCGUAGUAGAUGAAUGCAAGGUACAAUUAAUGCUUACGGACAUAGAGACUUGUAUUUAACCCUCUCUGUUGUUGCAUGCUCACCCCUGCACCUUUGCUUGACUCUUUUUAUUUUUUAUUUUAUUCAUUGCAUCUUUGUACAUAAUAAUGUAAAUACAUCCACUGUUAUUUUAUGACAGAAAUGAAGCAGAAGAACAACAGAUGCAUGUGAAUGUAUGUAUUUCAUUCUUCCUGGAAUGGCAGCUUUUGUGUUGAAUGAAUGCCUAAAAAUUUGAAGCGCUCUUCCAAAAAAAAUUCCCAAAUUAAACAAACUAUAUCAGGUCUUACUCCACAAUUAACUAAUCUGACAUCUGUAACCUGUUGGGUAUUGGCUCUAACUCAAAAGGCAGCACCAGAUAAUCCUCAUUAUCAGCCUGAGGAAUUAUUUAGCAGCUCUAUCAAAAGUUCACACUACAUCCAUUUUCUAAAAACAUAUUGAGAGAAUAAUGUUUUCCCUUCUCUGUAAGCAUUUUUCCUUCACUUUUUCUCAUUUACCUUUUAUUCAGCUUAACGUCCAGAGUGGGUCAUUCUGCUUUAUCUUAAAAUGUAGCUGAUUUUAAUUGUUUAACAGAUUUAUUUCCAUAGGGGUCAACCUUUGCUGUAGGGGUUUAAAAUGCAGAGAGGGAAAGUGUUACAGCUAAUUAGCAGUUCAUAUGUUCCCUGCACGCACACAUCUAUCACGCUGUCUCUGACUCAUUCCCAGUCAGGAUUUUUGUAUUUUGACACUAUCUAUUUCUGCCCAUUGUGAAAACCUGUGUUGUGAAAUCCAAAGCUGUGAAGUAGCUCCCAUAAUAUAAAACAUAAUGCACUUUGAAUCCCUUCCUUUGAAUGUAUUCCAGGCUUUUAGAAUAAUAUAUGGGAGUUCAGAGUGCUUGUUCCCUGACACACACACACACCCUGGCAGAAAAGGUCUAAUGAUGAGCCUAUUCAUUUAUUAAAGGGUGAAAGGUGUUGCCUAGCAACACUGGCAACCUGUCACACCAGCAAUCUGUCCAUGGUAAAAAGUUAAAUCCUCCUUUCUGAGUCUCCAUUUAUGAACAGACAUUUACAUAUAAAUGUCACACAAAGGCUUGUUAUUUCCAGUAUCCACCGUGACUAAUUUUUUUCUUUUUUUCUGUUUGCCUGUACAUAGUCUGAUUCACGUUUCUAACCCCAUUUUCGAAGAUGCAUACCACUGUAGAGUGCUUGCAAAGUAGCAAAAACUUAACAAUGCAUUCAUCCAAUAGAGUUUGUACCUUGUUUUCGGUGUAAUCUGUCUGUUUUGCAUUUAUAAUUUAUUCAUUUGUGUAUUCAUAUAGUUUUUUUUUACUGCCUGUUGAGUUUUUGGUCAUCAUAAAUGUGUAGUCUGUUCCCAGGUCAGUAAAAGAAACUCUCUUAACUCAUCAGUUAGACAUAGAGGAGUUCCAAUAUUCAUCCAUAGUUUUUGUUUGUUGCAAAAGAGCUAUGGUACCUAAGAGUCUGUACUGUAAUUGCCAAAGUACAUUGCUAUAGCAUCCUAAAUUACAUAAGAAGAAUGUCCCUAAAUGGUAUUCUGGCUUUACAGUAAUAAAAUGUUUACAGUCAUUUAUUAUCUAAAACAUUUACCUCAACAAAUGGCUUUUACAAAAACAAGAUAGAGCAGGGUUGAUUGGUAAAGUUGCUUUUUUGAUGGUAUAGCAUGGACAACCAUGCUUUUUAUAUGCUUUAUAU